AUGAAGUUAACUAAAACUUCAGAAUGGACCUCAGGAGAGAAAAAUCCGUUACUUUGCACCAUUAGAGGAGAAAGUCCGACCGUCCAUGUCUUAUGUACAAAUAUCUACCUGCUCGCCAAAUCACUGACAGCAAUGUCGAGAGAAAACACCACUCGAAGUCUUGACAGUAUAGAUCUCGCUGCUCUUAGAGAUCCAGCAGGGAUCUUUGAGCUGGUUGAAGUGGUUGGCAAUGGGACCUACGGUCAGGUGUACAAGGGUCGCCAUGUCAAGACUGGUCAACUGGCAGCCAUCAAAGUCAUGGAAGUCACGGAGGAAGAAGAAGAGGAGAUCAAACUGGAGAUCAACAUGUUGAAAAGUUACUCCCACCAUAGAAACAUAGCUACUUAUUAUGGAGCCUUUAUCAAAAAAGGCCCUGCUGGGCAGGACCACCAACUCUGGCUAGUGAUGGAGUACUGUGGAGCUGGAUCUGUGACAGACCUGGUGAAAAAGACUAAGGGAAACUGUUUGAAAGAGGACUGGAUAGCGUACAUCUGCCGCGAGGUGCUCAGGGGUCUUUCCCAUCUUCACUCCCAUCAUGUGAUUCACAGAGACAUCAAGGGACAAAAUGUUUUGCUCACAGAGAAUGCCGAAGUCAAACUUGUCGACUUCGGAGUGUCGGCUCAAUUGGAUAAAACCAUCGGUCGCAGGAACACUUUCAUCGGCACUCCUUAUUGGAUGGCUCCGGAAGUCAUAGCCUGUGAUGAGAACCCUGACGCCACAUAUGACUACAGGAGCGACCUCUGGUCUUUAGGCAUCACUGCCUUAGAGAUGGCUGAAGGAGCUCCUCCCCUCUGCGACAUGCACCCAAUGAGAGCCUUGUUUUUGAUUCCUCGAAACCCUCCACCCAAGCUUAAAUCAAAGAAAUGGUCCAAGCGGUUCUUAUCAUUUGUCGACAGCUGCCUGGUCAAAAACCACCUUCAUCGACCCACCACCGACGCCCUGCUGAGGCACGCCUUCAUCAGAGACCUGGCCAACGAGCGGCAGGUUCGCAUCAUGCUUAAAGACCACCUGGACAGAACUAGAAAAAAACGAGAGAAAGAGGGUCCAGAGUACGAGUACAGCGGCAGUGAGGAUGAAGACGAUGACGUCACAGAGGAGGAAGGCGAACCCAGCUCCAUAGUGAACGUUCCUGGUGAAUGGACGUUGAGGAGGGAGUUUCUUCGUUUGCAGACAGCCGAUCGUGAAGGAGGCAGAGAGGGAGGUCACGGAGGAGGAGGGGGUCAGCAAAGACAGCAGGCGUUGCAGCAACACAGGCAGCAGCUGGCUGAGCAGGAGCGCUACAAGCAGCAGUUCCUGGCCGACAGGCAGAGGAGGAUCCAGCAGCAACAGGAGCAACGGCAAAAGUUAGAGGAUCACCAGAGAAAGUGGGCGGAGCUUCAGGAGAUCAUCGUAGGGGAAGAGUCUGACCCCCGUGACGACCGAAUCCCACUAGAUGGGAGGGACAGGAGAUGUGACUGGAGACAGGAGCAGGCUGGCAGACAGCGAAGCGCCGAUGUGUCAGUAAGGCCUCUGGACUUCACAGCAGAGCAGAGAGCUGCGGCUGCUAGCCAGCUGCUUCAGCGCAAGGCCCAGCAUUCCCAGCCCGAAAAAAAGCCCCAGCCCCCGGUCCAGCAUCAGCAGCCCUCAGCGGGCCGGAGGUCCCACCGCACCCUGCCCAAAGACCAAACCCAGCUGCUGUCGCUGCAGCACGACCACAGACACAGGGAGAAGGAGAGGCAGAGGCAGAGAGAGGCGCCAGUGGCCGCUGUCCAGAAGCUAACGGUCAUCAGCGGGAGCAAAGCUGUUAGUGCCGCUGCCGCUUCCCCCAGCCGCUCUGCAAACAGCCAGCGCGUAGCGAUGGAGGCCCAGGAAUCAAACCUAGCGAGGGCACUUUUGGCCACUGGCCUGCCCACCCAGAUGCACUCUAGGCUGGGCUCUGGAAGCAGCUCCAGCCCUUGUACACCAGCCAUGCAGAGAGCUCACUUCAGCCAGAAUGCCAAUCUCCGCUCAAGUCGAGAUACUCCUCACAGCAGCUCCAUGUCAGAUAUGGCCAUCUCACCCUUGGCUCCGUUUUCCCCCAUGUCCCAAACUGACGACUGCGUCUUCUGGGAUGCCGAUACUCCACCCAAAGUCCCGGAACGAACUACUUCCAAAUUUUAUUCCAGAGAAUUGGUGAUGGGACACAAAAGGACAGCUUCAAGUGGCAGCCCAGCGUCUGUAGCAGACCGGAGCGGAAGGUCGGCACCUCGAGGAUACUCCUCACCAAGCGGCAACCACCCAGGCUACUUCAAACUGGAAAGUCCUCUCCUGCAACACCGUCUACAUAAGCAGAAGAAGACAGAAAACACAAGUAGUGGAAAUACACAACAGGGACUGACACCCGCCGGGGGCCGGCUCAACAAGGCCACAGAAUACUCCUCAUCUAGUGAUGAGGUCGGAAGCAGCGAUGAUGAAGACAAAAGCAGGUCUGGGAUAUCCAACGGGAGACCAAGAUACUUCAGAGGAAUAUCUGACGGCAUUGUCCUGCAGCCCCACCACAAUUUAAACCAGAUCUCUUGGUUGGGCUCCGAAGACGCCUACCGGCUGCCUGACCUCCUGCAGAAAAUCUCCUCCUCCAGCCCUUCACAUAACUCACAGAGAGCACACGACCUCAGCUACUCGCUGUCGCCCACCGCCCCUGGGUCCCCCACGCUGCAAGACCUGCAUGCUAUGAGUAGUCCUACUGGCAAAAGCACCUCCUCCUCCUCAUCCUUCCUGUCCUUCAUUGACCCAAGAUUGAUCCCAAUAUCGUCGCCACCACAGAGCCCCACGGCCAUUAAGGGCGAGCCACUCAAAAGAGAGAGCCACAGGAAGGGCUCUGUGGUGAACGUGAACCCCACCAACAUUCGACCGCAGAGCGACACUCCGGAGAUCCGCAAAUACAAGAAGAAGUUCACCGCCGAGGUCCUCUGUGCUGGCCUGUGGGGGGUGAACCUGCUGGUGGGGACAGAAAACGGCUUGUGGCUGCUGGAUCGAAGCGGGCAGGGGAAAGUCUACUCACUCAUCAGCAGGCGCCGAUUUCAGCAGAUGGACGUUCUGGAGGGGCUCAAUGUCUUGAUUACGAUAUCAGGGAAAAAGAACAAGCUGCGUCUGUACUACCUGUCCUGGUUAAGGAAUAAGAUUCUCCACAACGACCCAGAGGUGGAGAAGAGGCAGGGCUGGACCUCUGUAGGUGACUUGGAGGGCUGUGUGCACUAUAAAGUUGUGCGUUACGAGAAGAUUAAGUUCUUGGUGAUCGCGUUGAAGAAUGCCGUGGAAGUGUACGCCUGGGCCCCAAAACCCUACCACAAGUUUAUGGCUUUCAAGUCCUUUAGGUCGCUGCCUCAAAGGCCGCUCUCCGUGGACUUGACUGUGGAGGAAGGGCAAAGGUUAAAGGUCAUCUACGGCUCUUUGUCUGGUUUCCACGCCAUCGACGUGGACUCUGGAACACCAUAUGAUCUCUACCUUCCCACACAUAUCCAGGGCUCCAUCCGCCCCCACGCCAUUAUCAUUUUGCCUAACAAAGCUGGAACAGAGGUUCUGGUUUGCUACGAAGACGAGGGCGUGUACAUUGACACAUACGGCCGCAUCACCAAGGACACGGUGCUGCAGUGGGGGGAGAUGCCUGCGUCUGUUGCCUACCUGCAAUCCAACCAAGUGAUGGGGUGGGGAGAGAAGGCCAUAGAGCUGAGGUCGGCCAACACAGGAAACCUGGAGGGUGUUUUCAUGCACAAAAAGGCCCAGAAGCUCAAGUUCCUGUGUGAGCGGAAUGACAAGGUGUUCUUUGCCUCAGUUCAGUCAGGAGGCAGCAGCCAGAUUUACUUCAUGACGCUGGGACAGAACUCGCUCUUUAGCUGGUAACGAGCGGACCUGUUAGCUCUGGCAUCAACCGGCGGGGUCUGCCGUCCUCGUGCUGGACUUCCCCGAUGAUUUCUUUUUAACUCCUCAUCCAAUUGAAUAGUGGACGGGACCGGUACUGUGAUCAGCCAAACAUUCCUCAGUCCAUUUUUCCAGACCUGUUAAUGAGUAGCAAUCCGAGGACGAGUUGGUCCGAGUCCAAUCAUUCCAUCCUCAGCUACUAACGGCCCGAGCAGAACAAAUGUCUGGAAUCUGGCCUUGGUCCGAAGUCGCGUCAUAUCCACCAAAAUGGAGUCCUUUGAGAGUGACGUUACCUUUUCCGGGGUUUAACUGUCAGUCAGGCAGAAAUUUCAAAGCUUCUGUUUCAAUAUUUGAACUCAUGCACUCGUUUUCCAGAUCAGCAAAGAGUCAGCUCUGUUUGUAAUACCUCAAAGCUGUUCUGUGUCCAUGAAGGCUUGUACCUAAGGAUGGUCUUUCCGCUCUAAUCAAAUUGACCAGAUAUUACAGAAUUCCUAUGUUCCCGAUUUCUAGGAAGUAUCUAGUCCUGCAUGGUCAGACUGUACACAUAUAAGAAGUAUAUCCUUUUUACUUGAUUUUUAUUUAGAAUUACGGAGAGUGAGUGUCACUCUACAAUUUACAGAUCGUCGUUAUCCUUUAGCUUAGCUUAGAUCCGAUCUCUGCUUUCCCCACUCAUGUUUUGUUCCAGUGUCAGCAUCCGGUCCGCCACAGAUCUAAAUAACUUUGAUUAUUUUUCAGCUUUGGGACCAAGAGAGUUUGCUCUAACAGUACAGAAGAAGCGGCACACACAGAGACGCCAAACAAGAACAGUUAACCGGCAACGAUUGCUUCGCUGUAGGUUUCCGUCUAUUUUGUACAGCUUAAGAUGUAUAAAAUUGUUGAAGUUGUUUUCUAAAUGUUUUCUAAUAUGACAAGCCAUCUUUAUGUGUGUGUACAGAAUGAUAGAUUAUAGGUUUAUAAAUGUGAAGUUCAAUCCCAAAGCAGAGCACACGUGUUAGUUCGAUGAUCUUUGAAUGUUUGUGAAAAUGAAUACGAGCUGCUAACAGUCAAAAUUUGAAGGCUCUUGUUCAGGUUCCGCCGAGCCGAUGGAAGCAUUCAAGGUGAAGUGCUAAUUUUGUUUUUUGGUUGAUUUUCUCUUGGGGUUUUGCACAGUAGCCACCAUGUACAUGUUUUCUGUUACUUAUUGUACUUUAAAAGGACUCUUGGUUAAAAGUAGAGACAUUUAAGUAAUUCUUUAUGCAGUAUUAACUGUUGAUCAGUAUUUGUUACACUAUACAGUAUGGGAUGCACACCCGUUUCUGAUAGGUCAACUUGAUGAAAUGAUUUUUUUUUUUGGAUAGAUAUUAUUGAGCCUGAGUAUGAGGAGUUACAAUGUGCUCCUUUAGAAUGCCCAAUUGUGUAUUUGUUUGUUUUUUAGCAGUAGUGAUUAUUUCCACUAUGUAAUUUCCCCCUUUUUGAGCUUAAAAGAAGAAACCAAAGAUAAAAGUUUGAAGGAAUUUGAUGUGUGAGCUCAAAAUGUAUUACGAUACUGCACAAAAGGUGACAACCAACAUAUCAGCCUGCAAAUCCCCCAUGACUCAUGCGUCAUGAUAAAUCACAAAAAGAAUAUGCAAGUUCUUUUGGUAGAUUGCAUUUAUUUGAUAGCUUAUGUUUUGGAUUUAGGUAGUGUUAAGUUUGGUAAAGGUGUUUUUUUUUUAUGUAUUUUUACCAUAAGAUGUGAAUUUGCAUUUAGCCAUUGGCAUACCAUUUGAGCUAAACAAUGAGGUUUAGCUUAACAGUUUGGGCAGAACCUCAUUUUGUUGCUUAAAAUGACAAUUUUGCAUUCCAUGAUCCACUUCAGUGCGUUUAGUUUUGAUGACUUUUACGACAUAAAAACCGCGCCAAAUGUUUUAUAUUCAGUCACGCUUUCAGUUUUUUCAUUAUUAUGAUUAUUAUUAUUAUUAUACACUUGAGCGAAAUAUUGCAGCUGGUUCUGUGGGAAUAUUUCAAACUGGAAAAAUGAACUCACUGACUUUGUUGUAAAAAUUUUAUCAAAUGUCUAGUAGUGUUUGUUUUAAGUUGAUGAGUAAUAUUUCCUGUGACAUAUAAAAACAAGAACUUCACAUGUCAACAGUGCAUGAAAGUGGCAUGAAUUUAUCAAGCUAACAAGUUAACUAUUUCUUGCUAACAUUGGCUAAAUCUAGUAGAACCGUUAGCUAGCUCCAAGAUUCUAGCUAACACUUUAAGCUAGAAUUCUUUUAAUAUGUGGACAAUAUAAAGGAGGUGCUUGGAUAUAUCCCCUUGCAAAAAAUAUGAUCUUAGCUGUAGAAAUCCCUUCAAGUAUUAUUCAGACUUAUACAAAAGUUCUAGAAGUUUGUUUAGUUUUUUUUUUGUGGAGCAGAUAAGAGAAAUGGCCCAAAAAUCAAUACAAUUAUUUAAAUAGACAAAAAAAAAAAGAAUCAAAAAGCACUUAUAAAGUAAACAGUGCGCAGUUUUGGAAUUUUGUCAGAGUUUGUAGGUUUGGCCAGGUUCCUGAGCAAGAUCCCGGCCAAUAAAGAGCUCAGACAAAACAUGAGACCGUGGUGAAUUUAGCAUCGAACUCUAACAGUUUUUAAGCACUAGCCUCUUUUUAGUGAAACCCCUCAUUUUAAGGGGGGGGGGAGCAAAUAUUGUAAAUGCCAAAAAGCAGAAACAACUUCCUAAAUUUGUUAGCCAAAUCAAAUAGUAAUUUCUUUUUAACAAGAUCACAGGUCUUUUGUCUGUUCCAUUUAACAGUUAAGUAGUAAAGUCAGAUUUAUGUGGUGCUGUUAUACAAGAAAUCAGGCCCCUGCUAAGAAAAAAUGAUAUCAGCAGAAUUUGACUCUUCCCUCAUUUUGUCCUGUAAGUUUCUGUCUGCUCGCUGAAUUUUGAAGCUUUAUUUGUUCAGUCUUUUCAUAAAAAUGCAUUUUCUUGGUUUAUAAUUCUCUAUGGAAUAAUCCUAUCGUGUCCAACUUUGAUUGGACAGCUCAUAUGAAUUAUCUGAUGUUAAUUCCUCGGUGGUAUAAAGCUGCACUUUUUGAGAAUACUUUUGUUGUUGAGUUUUUCGAAGAAGCAAACCUCUGCCUUAUGUGUCUCCCUGUUGCUAAGCAUUCCACUGUGGCUGCAUCACUAAUGAGAGCGCAUACAGUUGCAUCUCCUCCCACAUCUUCCACUGGUUACGUUCAUGAUAGAUUCCCUUUCAGGCGAGUGAUGACUCACAUUUUUUAACUUUUUCACAUUUCCCCCCCCCACAUUCUUCAGAAGUUUUCUUCUUCCAGUUCAUUUUCAGUCCCACGGCUUUAUUCCACUUUACAGUCUCCUGGAUCUUUCUUAUGCAUCCACAAAUAUCUGAAAUGAUCUUUGUCAUUGUUUGCCCCGAUAUUUUUCGCUUUUUUUGGAUGAUGUGGGAUAUAGAUCGAGUUCUUUACCGUGUGCACAAACAACAUGUCUUAAGUCGAUGUUUUUUAGAUUGCUUGCGUGGGAGAGCUUGAGGUAGCUGGGGAAUAGAUGCUCAGCAGACUGGAAGUUAAAGGUAGGAACGAUGGAAAUAGAGGAGGGAGCUGUUGAUUUGAGUCAGGUGUCGGUAAAUAGAAAGGAACAGGCAUGUUUUGUGUGGAUUGUGAGUUUCAAUUGUUGAAGGGGAUUUUCAUAGCGAAGGAUGAGGAAAUGAUAGAGUUCUUGCUGGAAACUUAAGUUUAAAAACCCACCUUAAUUUCAUCUCUGCUUAGUGGGAUAAACGUUGUCUUCCUGCUGCACAGUGAAGCACCAAUUGUUUGUUUUUUUGUUACAGUGUGCUAUUUUCCAGAAACAGUGAACGUUGCGCUCCUAAAAUGUAAAGUUUCUGAAGAAAAGUUGACAUUAUCCACAGCCAUAUAUGAUUAUGUGUCAUUCCAAAAGGUUCUCUUGUUGUUACGUUUUGUUUUUGCACUGGACCUUUGUGUGAUGCGUUGUAAACUGCACCCCUCCUGCUUUGAGAUGAACACUUUGUAUUUCCAUGUAAAAAGGCAAAAAGAUAUUAAGACCAAAAUAAAUAUAAUGAAUUGUAUCGUG